AUGCCCAAAAGCCUGGCCUGGUAUACGUUCAUGGCGUAUGACGGUGAACUACCGAUACCACUCCAAACAAGGACGUACCUACGAAUCUACCUGGACGAUCCGAGAUUCAAGGCUCUCGUCCAGAACCAGACCAGCAAGUUAACCUGCAAAUUUAUCGAGGUAGCUCUGCAGACGACUAGCAGGGACCCAAAAUCACCAUCCUGGUUCGCUGCUCUUGUUCUUAACAUUCCAGUGUACUGGUUCAUUAUUGACGACUCGAACGAUAAAUCUGAGGACAACUCGGAGGAAAAUCUGAAGGAAAAGCCGAAGGACAAGUCGAAGCCUUAA